AUGGCCAACCGCACGGACGUGAGCGCCAUCAAAAUCUUUGGCUCCAAUCCGCAGUACCUAAUAUCGAAUAUAAUACGAAGCAAAAUAUAUGAAAGCCCCUACUGGAAGGAGAAGUGCUUUGCCCUGACAUCUGAAUCGAUUAUCGACCAGGCGGUGAACCUAAAAUAUGUUGGAGGAACCUACGGGGGAAACAGGAAGCCAACUCGGUUCCUCUGCUUAGUGUUGAAAUUGCUGCAAAUCCAACCAGACAAAGAUAUAAUAUACGAGUAUAUAACAAAUGAAGAAUUCAUUUAUUUAAGAGCUCUGGGUAUUUUCUACCUUAGACUGAUUGGAAAGAGCCUAGAAAUAUAUCGUCACUUAGAACCCAUUUUAUUUGAUUACAGGAAAAUGAGAAUCAGGUUGCAGAAUGGCACCUUUGAGAAAAUUUACAUGGAUGUGUUUGUGGACAACUGUUUAGUUAUGAAUAAUUUUUUGGACGUUGAUUUUCCUAGCCUCACAAAAAGACAAGUAUUGGAGGAUAAUAAUUUGCUAGAGAAAGUUAAUUUGGACUACUAUAAAGAGUUGCUAAAUGUUUCCUCGUGCAAUGAACUGUUUGACAAUCAAGCAGGAGGGGAUGAUCCCCCCGGUGGUACCCUUGACAAGGGGGACAAGGGGCGAGGGAGAGAUAACACCCCCAGUAGUGCCUACGGUUCGGGGGAGGGUGGUCAUAUAGAGAGGGGCAAAAGGAAAGAGAGAACUGCAUAUUGGGAGAGAGGUAGACGCAGGAGCAGAGACAGAGGGAGGGGUAGAAGCCGGAGCCGCGAUCAUGAUAGAGAUAGGGACCGUAGCCGAGAUCGGGGCAGGGAUCGAAGCUUCUCCCGCGAGCGUGAUAGGGACAGAACAAAAAGGCGAGAACACAAACUAGCUGAACACAGGAGGCAUACAAAAAAAAGACGCUCUUUAGAAAGGCGAGGAAGCUACUCCACGAGUGAAUCGCCCGAGUCUCGCAGGAGGGAGAAGAAGAGGCGAUUCGAGCGUGAAGACUCGGAGGAAGAGAAGAGAAAAAAAAAGGAACGGACGGAAAAAGACAAGAAGAAAAAGAAAAAGCAGGAAAAAGAACGGACCAAAAAAGACGAUUCGGAUGUCGAGGACAACAAAAAGGAUGCCUUGUCUGUAGAACGAUGGAACAAAAUCAGGAAGGACUUAGGCAUGAAUCCGCUCAAGUGA